GUGAGUCAUGCGUGAUGAUGAUUCACAUGCUUCACUCGCUUCCAAUCUCCCAACUCUCAAGUCGUCCGUGGGAAACUGUGAACGAGGCGAACGAACAACUUCCCACAAAGAGACACCCUCUACGUCCUCAGAGAGUUAGUUCAUAUUCGCACCUAUAGCCUGUGUUCGUUGCGGCUGUUCCAAAGCGGCUCUUUUCACCGAUUCCACAUACGUACUGUACAACGAGUCAGAUCGUCUCAGAGCGCUUCCUUUCGGUCAUGUUGUCGAUGCGUUCGACCCACGGCGGCCAGGCCACAAUGCGUGCGGCAACGGCUCUUUAUGUCGGUACUCGGACUGCAUCUUGCGUCGGCGCAGGGCGUAGAUCGUUUGCAUCAUGUGCGACCCUACGUACACAAGCCCCAACAGCGGCGCCCGUUCCCCACUUCCGUCGCCGCCGAAAGAAGCCCGCUUUCUUGGACCCAGAGCCCUUCUUUUCUUCCGCUGAGCAGGCCGUCAACAACAUCCUCUAUAACACCCCAACCGCAACUCAAGCUCCCAUCACCCGCCACGUCCUCAACUGCCUUGUUUCCAAUGAGCCAGGGGUGCUGUCGCACGUCUCUGGGACUUUGGCAGGGCGUGGCUUCAAUAUCGAGUCUCUAGUCGUUGCAAAGACGGAGGUCGCGGACUUGAGUCGGAUGACCAUCGUGCUGAGCGGCCAGAAGGCGGUCAUUGAGCAGGCGAGGAGGCAGUUGGAAGAUAUGGUGCCUGUAUGGGCUGUCUUAGAUUUCACGCACGGGAGGAUCGUAGAGAGGGAGAUGCUCUUGGUGAAGGUUUCCACAGUGCCAAAAGAGCAUGCUGUGCACUUCGAUUAUGAAUCUCACGAGGCGGACGAGCAAGCUACACAGUCGACGCUCUCACCUUUGUUAGGAGCUGCGAUGCAACGUCAAGCGAUCACAGAAUUGGCCCGUCUGUUUAAAGCUCGCGUCACGGAUGUCAGUAUCGAUGGCAUUAUAAUCGAAUUGACGGCCAAGCCCGAUAGAAUCGACGCGUUUAUGAAGCUUCUCAAGCCCUUUGGAAUCAUAGAGGCUGCACGAUCUGGUGCGAUGGCCAUGCCCCGUAGUCCCGUGGAUGGAGUGUACGAAGACGACAUCACAGUAGAAGAAGAGGAAGAAGAGCAGCAUGGCAAGAUCGACGCGACCAUGCUUCCCCCGGGAUGAACUCAUAAGAAACUCCACCGCGCUUCCCUGCUUCCACUCUAAUAUCACAAAAUCGAUUAGCCAGAACGAUGUGCAAAUACACUAUGUACAUAUGCCGAGAAUCAUGAAAAUACAUCGGAGAGCGUUCAGCCA